UUUUUUUUUUUUUUUACGCGUUUAAAUAUUUAAGAAAAAAUGAAUCUUUGUAGCUCUCGAGCUGUGAAUUCCUUGACUGUUCAAAGAAGACCCGGUGAUGGGGUGGUCCACCCAUUUCCGGCGGGUCUAAGAGUACUUGUUGUGGAUGAUGACGUUAUUUGUCUCACUGUACUGCAGAGAAUGCUUCAGAAAUGCCUAUAUGAAGUUACAAUACACAAUCGAGCCGAGGCUGCAUUAGAGUUGCUCAGGAAAGACAAAACUGGCUUUGACAUUGUUUUGAGCGAUGUUCACAUGCCAGACAUGGAUGGUUUCAAACUUCUAGAGUGUGUGGGGCUUGAGAUGGACUUACCCGUUAUUAUGAUGUCUGCGGAUGAAAGCAAAGAUGUUGUCAUGAAGGGUGUUACUCAUGGUGCAUGUGAUUAUCUCAUCAAACCGAUUCGCAUUGAGGCAUUGAAGAAUAUAUGGCAGCAUGUUGUUCGUAAAAAGAAGCAAAACCGGAAGGAAAUAGAAUUUGAGCAACCUGGAACUGAGGAAGAUGGAGAACAGCAGCAAAACCCAGUCGAAGAUGCUGACUACUUGUCUUCACCUUACGAAGAGAACAGGAAAAAUUCCAAUAAAAGGAAAGAUGAGAAAGAUGAAGCAGAAGAAAUGGAUGAUACAUCUACUUUGAAGAAACCACGUGUGGUUUGGUCUGUUGAGCUCCAUCAACAAUUUGUAAAUGCUGUUAAUCAACUUGAUAUUGACAAGGCUGUUCCUAAGAAAAUUCUGGAAUUAAUGAAUGUUCCUGGGCUUACAAGAGAGAAUGUUGCAAGCCAUCUUCAGAAAUAUCGUCUGUAUCUUAGAAGGAUAAGCGGGGUAUCACAGCAGCAGAAUGGAUUCAAUAGUUCUUUUAGGGGACCCCCUGAUGUGACCUUUGGAUCUAUAUCUUCACUCAAUGGCCUUAGUCUCCAAGCUCUAGCUGCUUCUGGUCAGAUUCCUCCACAAAGUCUUGCUGCAAUCCAGGCAGCAGCACUAGGUAUAGUGGCCAAUAAAUCUGCCAUAUCUGUGCCCCUAAUUGAUCAAAGAAAUGUUUUCGGCUAUGAAAAUCAAAAGUUGAGGUUUGGUGAGGGCUAUCAACAGCUAAAUAAUAAUCGUAAGCAAAUGAAGUUACUUCAUGGAAUCCCAACAAAUAUGGAACCAAAGCAACUUGCCACAUUGCACCAAUCUGCAGAGGCCUUUGGGAAUAUGCAAGUCCAAUCUCAAUCAAGCGAAAGCGGCUCUUUGAUGACACAGUUGGCUCAACCACUAUCAAGUAAUCAAAUUUUAAAUGAAAUUAAUGGUAGUCAUGUCUCGGGUCUUUCAUCAUCUUUUGGUCAACCUACUUUAUCACAGCCCAAUCCUAGUGGUGUUCUGACGAGAAGUGAGAUUGAUAAUGUUUGUGGAGCUGUAUACAGUUCCGUUUCUCAUCCCUCUGUAACUGUAGAUUUCUCCGUGAAUCCCUGCACACAGUUGCCAGGUAAUAGGUUUGCUCCUGUGAGUAACUCAAAGAUGUCAACUCUUGUCUCUAAAGGGAUUCUUCAAGAAGAGGCCAAGUCUGAUACGAAAGGUUCAAGAGGUUUUCUUUCUAAUUAUGGUGUUUUUUCCAAUCUGAAUCAGAAUAGAACCCCAGAUUGGGGAUUGCAUAAUGUUGGACCGGCCUUUGAACCCACACAACAUUCAAAUAUGAAUCAACAACUCAACUCAUUACUCGCUGAUAAUACACAUUGUAAGGCCAAAAAAUUCCCUGAUAUGGGCUUCCAGAAUAACCUAUUUCCCGAACAGUUUGAUCAGGAGGAUCUUUUGAGCUCAAUUCUCAAAGAACAGGAAGGCACUGGACCAGUUGAAAGUGAGUUCAGUUUUGAUGGAUAUCACUUGGACAAUCUUCCCGUGUAAGAGUUACAUAUGCUGUU